UAAUCGGUAUUAUGAAAAAUAUUAUUAUUUGUGUCUAGUUCAAAUAGUAAAGAACUAUUAAACUUGAGCCAUGAACUCAUUUGCUGUCUUUACGUUUGUCGCCUGUUUGGCCGUCGCUAACGCCGGUUGGUUCCACCACGAACCCUCAGCGAAGAUCAUCCAAGGCCCCAGCUCCAAGACCACCCUGGUCGGACCCGAAGGCAGCGUCAUCUCCGCAGUAGCACCAGGAGGACAAAUCGUACACGAAGAGCAUCCAGGAGUCAUCGCUCAUGCCGCCCCAGUUCAUUCUCACAUCGUCGCUCAUGCCGCCCCAGUGGUCGCCCAUCACGCUCCAGUUCUUGCCCACCAUGUACCAAUUGUAGCCCAUCAAGUGCCAGUUGUAGCCCAACAUGCUCACCACGUCCCAACCACCGUGGUAGCUCAUGACACCGGUGUACAUGGACAUGAAAACGCCAUCAUUUCUGGACCAUCUGGAACUGUAGCUCGCGGUCAUGGUGUACAUGGUGCUGUAGUAGCUCCAGUUGUAGCUCAUCAUGCUGCUGUUGUUGCCCCAGUAGUUGUCGCUCAUGACGGUUACCACCAUGAUCAUGAGGGUCAAUACGUACAUGACCACAGUGAGUCUCUUUAUGAUGAUGGUUCUUACAAACCCCAUUACUAUCAUUAAAUCAAUCGACAAUAGUGAUAGUUUGGAUUUUGAAGAACACUAUAUUAAGUUUGUGCAAUAUUAAUGGCCUAAGUGGCUUUGUAGGUUUUUUUGUAUUUUAUAUUGUAAAUAAAAAACAACAUAUUAAUUGA